AUGGCCUCAUCAUCAUCAUCUUCCCCGCCGGCAGCCGCCGAUAAACGAGACGGCCAGGCGGGCCCCACUCACCACCCCCACCACCACCCUCCUCUGCCGUGCCCCCGCUGCAAUUCCCCCAAUACCAAAUUCUGCUACUACAACAACUACAGCCUCUCCCAGCCCAGGCACUUCUGCAAGUCCUGCAAGCGCUACUGGACCCGCGGCGGCUCCCUCCGCAACGUCCCCGUCGGCGGCGGCUGCCGCCGCAACAAGCGCCUCAAGCGGCCGCCGCCGCCUCUCCCAGCCGCCCAAUCCAACCCUAAGCCGCCGUUGAUGAAUAAUAAUAAUAAUCACAUUAAUCCCUCGAUUAAUUAUUACCCCCUCCAAACGACCAACAAUCGUCUCGACCCGAUUGGUUUUCCGUUUUCCGGUGAGGACCCGGGAUUCGAUUUUCAGCCUCGAGUCGGCGGGUUCGGGUUAGGGUUUUUGUCUGGGCUCGUUAAUGGGCCAACCUUCGAUUCAGGCCCAGUUUCUUUUCCGUCGACAGCGGCCCAUAAUUCGCUCAAUUUCCGAUCUUCGGCGUUUGCCUCCACCUUCCAGCAUCAUACUAAUGGUGAUUUUAAAGAUGUGAUUAGCAAUAAUCGAGAUGUAAAAGUAGAAGGAGAAAACGGGUUCGGGUUUGGGAACCCGAAAUACCCGAACCCGAUUGAUCAGCUUAAUUCCUCGGAUCCUUCGUCUUUCUUAUGGAGCACGACUAAUCUCGGCACUUGGUUCGACCCGUCCUCCAAUAUGAGUUCUUCAGUUUCUUCUUUGUUUUAG